AUGUCCACCGCCAUAGAGGUGAUGGGCAUGUCCCUGCCCGGCGACGCCUCCAUUCCCGCCAUCGACCCCCGCAAGCUGGGCGAGUCCCGCGACGUGGGCCGCACCCUGAUGCGGCUGCUGGAAGAGGACGUCCGGCCCCGAGACAUCAUGACCAAGCAGGCCUUCGAGAACGCCAUCACCGUGGGCGUAGCCAUGGGCGGCUCCACCAACAUCGUCCUCCACCUGCUGGCCAUCGCCAACGAGGCCGGGGUGCCUCUGGCCUUGGAGGAUUUCGAGCGCAUCAGCGCGGCCACGCCCUACAUCGCCGACAUGAAGCCGGCCGGCCGCUACGUGAUGGCCGACCUGUCGCGCUACGGCGGCAUCGCGUUGGUGAUGAAGCGUCUACUGGCGGCGGGCCUGCUCCACGGCGACGCCAUGACCGUAACCGGCAAGACCGUCGCCCAGAACCUUGAGGGCAUCAGCGUCAUUGACGACCAGCCGGUCAUCAUCGCAGUGACACGUCCAUCGCAGACCCCACCGGCGGCCUAG